AUGCUUGAGAAAAUACCGUUAGCCAGCUGGCCAGUCGUGGCAGGCUUGGCUCUCGUCGUUUUCCUCGCGUCUCGUCUCUGGGGCGCAGGCCCCAGUGCACCUGGCCCGUUCCUCGCACGCUUCACCGACUUGUGGCUGGCCUACAGGCAGAGGGUAGGGAAGUUUCAGGUCGAAAAUGUCGAGCUUCACAAGAAAUAUGGAAAAAUCGUCCGCUUGGGUCCGAAUUACUACAGCAUCGACGACCCCGCCGCUGUGAAGACCAUCUACGGCCACGGAACGCAAUAUCAGAAGUCAGAGUGGUAUGAGAUCUGGAACGCGCGGCCCGACGUUAACCGUGCAAAUCUCUUCGCAUUGAGAGACAUCAAGCACCACGCCACCACGCGCCGACACUACGCGAAUGUGUAUGCAAUGUCAAGUCUCGUCAGCUAUGAGCCAUAUGUCAACAACUGCAUCGAUAUCUUCACCAACAGACUGCGAAUGUGCGGGAAGUCGGGGGAGACGAUUGACCUUUCAAAAUGGUUCCAGUAUUAUGCUUUUGAUGUCAUUGGCGAGAUCACGUACUCAAAACGUUUUGGUUUCUUGGAAAAGGGCAUAGACAUCUUGGACCUGAUCAAGACAAUCGGCGGAGUCCUCGACUUCAGCCACGCAGCCGGCUUCUUCCGCCCCCUGAUCGCCCUCACGAGGUUCAUAGCGGCCCGGAACAACACCGAGGGCAUCGGCAAGCUCGCGACAUUCGCCAUGGACCGCAUCGAGCAGUCCAAGAAGGAGAGCAUCAACGGCUACGACGACCCGGAGCGCCAGGCCGUCACGCAGCCCGACUUCGCCUCCAAGCUCCUCGCCCAGUCCGAGGCGGCCCAGCGCGGCGAGAAGAGCCUGGAAGGCAUCACGCCCAUCCAGCUCGUCAUGGGCGGGUGCGCAGGGAACGUCUUCGCCGGGAGUGACACCACCUCCAUCUCCCUUAACGCAACUUAUUAUAACAUCAUCAAGAACCCCAGGGUGCAGGCUAAGCUCCGCGCCGAGCUGGACGAGGCUCACGCCCGCGGCGCCCUGGGCGAACCGCCCAGCUUCGCCGAGACCCAGGCCCUGCCGUACCUGCAGGCCGUCCUGAAGGAGGCGCUCCGGAUGCACCCCGCCGUCGGCCUCUGCCUGUGGAGGAUCGUUCCCGCCGGCGGCGCGACACUGGCCGGACAGUACUUCCCUGCCGGCACCAACGUCGGGGUCAACUGCUGGGUGGCCCACCGUAACAAGGAGGUCUGGGGCGAGGACGCAGAGGAGUUCCGCCCCGAGAGGUGGCUCGAGUCCCCCGAGGACAAGCUCAAGGCCAUGAACGCAAUGUACAUGCCCUUCGGGCUCGGAAGCAGGACCUGCAUCGGCAAGAACAUCAGCUUGUUGGAGAUCUCAAAGGUGAUCCCGCACAUGGUGAGGAGGUUUGAUGCCACCCUGAUCGACCCGCUGAGCAAGCUGGACGAGCUGCCUUCUAAUUGUGCUUGGUUUGUGGGCAUCAAGGAUUUCAGGGUGAACGUAAAGCCUAGGGCUGGGUAG